CUCGGAGUUUUACGGCGAAGCAGGCAGGGCUGCGGUGCUGGGAGCCCCGAGCCCGUGCUGCCCGCACCGCCGCCUGCAGCCACAGUAUCAAGAGGACACACGUGGAUCCCCAGGACAAUGAGGUCAUAUCAGAAGUUGAGGACAUCGGUGCCACAGCUGGUAUUGAGCCAGGAGGAGGAGGAGGAGGAGAAUUCAACCACCCCGACAGCUGCUGGCCGCAGCAAGCUGGCCCCAUGGUGGGUGGGCAGCGGGCUGCUGAUCACCGCCGUGCUGCUGAGCACCAUCACCGUCUGGGUGCUGCGACAAGUAUCCAGGGGCUGGCAUGGCCCUGCACCACCUUCCCAAUGCCACCUGGUCCCUGAGAGCCACCGCUAUGACUGCUACCCCGAGAGGAGCGUGGUGGUGACCCAGGAGCUGUGCGAGAGCCGGGGGUGCUGCUUCAUCGAGACCCUCCCUGCAGUGGGGGGCAAACGUGGGGUGCCCUGGUGCUUCUAUCCACCCAACUUCCCCAGCUACGUGGUGCAGAGCCUCAACCAGACGGCGCUGGGUAUGACGGGGCUGCUGGUGCGCAGGGAGAAGGCCUAUUACCCCAAGGACAUCCAGGUUCUGAGGAUGGAUGUGGAGUUCCAGACGAACACACGGCUGCGCAUCAAGAUAACCGAUGCAGCCAAGCCCCGGUAUGAGGUGCCCCUGGAAGUUCCCCGAGUGAUGAAGAGAGCAGAAAACCCCAUCUACAGCCUGGAAUUCUCCCAGGAUCCCUUUGGGGUGCUGCUGCGGCGCCAAGGGACAGGGACAGUGCUGCUCAACACCACCGUGGCUCCCCUGAUCUUCGCUGAUCAGUUCCUGCAGAUCUCCACCACGCUGCCCUCCAGGUUCCUGUAUGGGUUGGGGGAGCACCGCAGCACGCUGCUGCACAGCCUCGACUGGAACACCCUCACCCUCUGGGCCCGUGAUGUGGCCCCCACGGAAUCCUUCAAUCUGUACGGCGCUCACCCCUUCUACCUGCUGAUGGAGGAGGGCGGCGAUGCCCACGGGGUUUUCCUCCUCAACAGCAAUGCCAUGGAGGUGGCCUUGCAGCCUGCCCCGGGCCUGACCUGGAGGACCAUUGGAGGUGUGCUGGACUUCUACAUCUUCCUGGGGCCUGACCCCAACAUGGUCAUCCAGCAGUACCAGGAGGUGAUAGGUUUCCCAGCCAUGCCGCCGCUCUGGGCGCUUGGCUUCCACCUCUGCCGCUGGGGCUACGGCUCCAGCAAUGAGACCUGGCAGACUGCAAGGGCCAUGAGGAACUACCAGAUCCCACAGGAUGCUCAAUGGAACGACAUUGAUUACAUGGAUGGGUACCGGGACUUCACCUUCGAUCCCCAGAAAUUUGCCUCUCUCCCCUCACUGGUAGAAGAUCUCCACAAGCAUGGGCAGCACUACGUGAUGAUCUUGGACCCCGGCAUCAGCAGCACCAGCCCACGUGGUUCCUACUGGCCUUUCGAUGAAGGCUUGAGACGGGGUUUGUUCCUAAACACCACCCAGGGGCAGCCACUGAUUGGGCAGGUCUGGCCAGGCUACACUGCCUUCCCCGACUUCUCCAACACAGACACACACCAGUGGUGGCUGGAGAACCUGCAGCGCUUCCACACCCAUGUGCCCUUCGAUGGCCUCUGGAUCGACAUGAACGAGCCAUCCAACUUCAUGGAUGGGUCUGAAGAGGGCUGCCCGCCCGGAGAGCUCGACAGCCCCCCGUACACGCCGGCUGUGCUGGGCAAUUCCCUGUCCGCCAAGACGGUGUGUGCCUCAGCGAAGCAGAACGCCUCGGUGCACUACAACCUGCACAACCUCUACGGGCUGAAGGAAGCCGAAGCGACGGCGAGCGCCCUGAUCCAGAUCCGAGGAAAGCGUCCCCUUGUUAUCUCCCGCUCCACCUUCCCCAGCCAGGGCCGGUACUCGGGACACUGGCUGGGUGACAACCGGAGCCAAUGGAAGGACAUGUAUUACUCCAUCCCAGGGAUGCUGAGCUUCAGCCUGUUUGGGAUCCCUCUGGUGGGGGCCGACAUCUGCGGCUUCUCUGGCAGCACCUCGGAGGAGCUGUGCACCCGCUGGAUGCAGCUUGGGGCCUUCUACCCCUUCUCCCGCAACCACAACACCCAGAACGAGAAGGCCCAGGACCCCACAGCUUUCAGCCCCUCAGCAAGGACAGCCAUGAAGGACGUGCUGCUCACCCGCUACUCCCUCCUGCCCUUCCUCUACACGCUUUUCCACCGUGCCCACCUGCAGGGGGAAACCGUCGCCCGACCUUUGUUCUUUGAGUUCCCCUGGGAUGUGGCCACAUAUGGCUUGGACAGGCAGUUCCUGUGGGGCCAGAGCUUGCUGGUGACCCCGGUGCUGGAACCUGGAGCAGACUCGGUGUUGGGCUAUUUCCCCCAAGGCGUGUGGUACGACUUCUACACGGGCUCCUCUGUGAACAGCAGUGGGGAGAUGUUGAAGCUGUCAGCCCCCCUGGAUCACCUCAACCUCCAUCUCCGGGAGGGUUCCAUCCUGCCCACACAGAAACCCGGGACCACCAGCAAGGCCACCCGAGGGAACCCGCUGCUUCUCAUUGUGGCCCUGUCCCCACGUGCCACUGCCUGGGGGGACCUCUUCUGGGAUGACGGCGAGAGCCUGGACACCUUCGAGCAGGGCAACUACUCCUACCUGGUCUUCAAUGCCACAGAGAACAUCUUCACCUCCAACGUCCUCCAUGCCAGCACCGAGGCCAACUAUGUCACCGUUGAUACAGUGAGAUUCUAUGGAGUGCAGGAGCCGCCCAGCAAGGUCCUCCUAGAUGGGCAGGAGAAGCCCUUCUUCUACCUGGACAACCAGGUCCUCACCGUCAGCGGCCUCGGGCUCAGGCUCAGCCAGGGCUUUACCCUGCAGUGGCUGUGAGCUGGGGGGCACGGGGCUGCCUUGCUAUGACCUACUGUGCACGUUCCUGCUCCAGCCCUCGGAGCCAGGAUGGUAACACAGGGGCUGUCAUCUGUCAUCACCCGCUGCUGCAGAUGGGGGGCAGGGGAUG